AUGUUCUCUGAACUACCAGCUCCCAAGAGCGAUCAGGUCGCUCUCGUCAAAGAGCCUAUCAUGCAAGAGCAUAAGAAUGUUAUUGUGGAGCAAAUCCGCCCAGAUAAGCCGGACUACUACAACUCCCCAGCAUUUCAGGCGGCCCACAAGCACGAAGCCUUCUUGCAGCUACUUCACGAAUCGCCGACAUGGAUGGCUGAAAAGUGUUUCAGCAACAUAUCUGAUCAAGGGCUGCGAGAUUUCGAUGAAAGUACCGAUAAGACUAAACGAUACUGGGCGCAACAUCCCGACCUUUUCUUUCUCUACUUUGGUAAAUCUGUAUCAAGCUCUGAGGCGUCCGGUUGUCAUCAGUCAACACUACCGACGCAGAUCUCGUUUGAUCUUGCUGAAGAUGAGGGUUACGGUCGUGAUCAGAAGAUGUGCGAUUCUAUCGAAAUUGGUCUGAUAGCUGCUCGGGAGGACUUCAAAAAAUUGGUGAAACGGUAUCAAACCAAGUUACUCAUCAAAGGUUCGGAAAAUUAUGAGAUGCCCAUCCAUGCACCAAGACCGCGCCGUAGACAAAGGAUCGCUGCCGACUUCGAGGAUAUGAUCGAACGUGCUGAGGUCUAUGACCCAAUUUCCUGUGCUGCCUACGAAGCUGGCCACGAUGCGCCUGACAGGAUGUGGAAGCAGCCUAACAACUACCAGGCGUACCAGAACCAGUGGCAAUAG